CUUCAGUGGAACCCACUUUCCCUCCUAUACCAUAGGAGAUCCCAACGAAUCUUCCCUCCAUCUCAUCAUCUUCCUCAUCCCCUUCCCUCCAAUGAGAUCUCCUUCUUUCCCACUUCAAAAUCACCAAUCUAAAUUUCACUAUACCAAACAAAAAAGUGAGAACCUUUUUUUCAUAUUAAAACAACAGCAUAUACAGCUUAGUGUGGGUUGUGCGUGUUUCAGUGGGAAAGAACUGUAGAAGAGAGAAUGAAAGCUCUGAAUUCACAUUUUGAGCUGAUUGACAUCCACAGCUCAUGGCAGUCGGCUAAUCAGAUACCCAUUUCAACCUUUGCUUACAUCCGUAGCUCCACUCUAGCUGCUUCUACUUUCUCCAAGGCAUUUCGUCGAACCCGUCGGGGACGCGGCAAAAUCUCAUCGUCUACUGCGCCGGGGACCUCGAUUCGGUCACCGGAAAUUCGGAGGCCGCGGGACCGAUCCAGUUCCGGAAAUGGGUUGUCGUCAGUUUCGUUAAGUUCGGCCUCUACUUCGACUUCUCGGGACGAGGUGGUUUCGGAUUUGGACUUGUUCCUUCAGCUGGUGCCCUUGAGGAUGAGGAAUGAGCUGUUUAGGCAUCAGGAGAUUGGGCAAUUGAUUGAGGUUGUUAUGGAUUUGGGUCGAAAACCUCUUGCUCGGUUUCCCUCUGGUGAUUGGGUGAUCUCGGAACAACCCGUGAAGCUUGAAGAUCUUGGCCAUGCUAUUUCAAAGGUAGGUGAUUUUUCUGAUGACAACCGGUCGGGUAUCAAUCAUUCUCUACAUCGUAUAAGUGCCAUUCGCAAUCGUAAAAUGCAAAUUAUUGGUCUUACAUGCCGGGUAGGUCGGGCUGUGUCUGGAAGUGCUGAAAUCAUUCGUGACUUGGUUGAAGAAGGAGGUUCCAUCUUGGUUAUAGGGCCCCCUGGAGUUGGUAAAACAACUUUGAUCAGGGAAAUAGCAAGGAUGCUGGCUGACGACCAGAACAAACGUGUUGUUAUUGUCGAUACAUCAAAUGAGAUAGGUGGCGAUGGAGAUGUUCCUCAUGCUGGAAUAGGUCGUGCUAGAAGGAUGCAAGUCCCAAACGUUCACAUGCAACAUAAUGUGAUGAUUGAGGCAGUAGAAAAUCAUAUGCCACAAACCAUUAUCAUUGAUGAAAUUGGAACGGAGCUUGAAGCGUUGGCUGCCAGUACAAUUGCCCAGAGGGGAGUUCAGCUUGUUGCAACUGCACAUGGAGUGACCAUAGAGAGUAUAAUAAAGAACCCAUCACUGCAGAUCCUUGUUGGUGGCAUUGAGAGCGUUACUCUUGGUGAUGAGGAGGCAAGGAAAAGGAAAGUGCAGAAAACAAUUCUCGAGAGGAAAGGACCCCCUACAUUCACAUGUGCAGUAGAGAUGAUAUCAAGAACUGAGUGCUGUGUCCAUCAUAGACUGGAUGCAACAGUGGAUGCCAUACUUGCAGGAAAAUCUCCUCUGUUUGAACUCCGACGCGUAGAUGAUGAAGCUAGUAGUUCUCUAAAAUCUUCUUUAAGUACCCAAAAGGAUCCUGUACAAGACUCUAAGCUGGUUAAUAGUCAAAGUGAAAAGGUUGGAACAGAGUCUGAUGAUGAAGGUGUGGAUUAUUAUCGCAAAUCCAGUAAAUUGAAUAAUGAUAGGUAUCUUAACCAGAGGAGUUCUCCUGUCUGUGUGUAUACUUUCAAGAUCCAGGAAGCUGAUCUGACACAGGUAACAGCUGUCAUGGGGCUUGAUGAUGAAAUAGAUGUGACUGAUGACGUAGGUGCUGCAGAUUGUAUUCUUGCUUCUAGUUUUGAAAUGAAGCAGAAUCCUUGGAUCCGUGGGAUAGCAAAGUUCCACCAUUUACCUAUAUUUGUUAUUAAGUCAAAUACAAUGGCUCAAAUGGUAAAGGCAAUCCGUAUGAUCCUUGGAAUGGAUUACUUAGGCUCUUCCACAAAGCAGCUAGUGAAGGACACUCUUGACAUUGAAGUCGAAGAUGAUGCUCCUAAACGAAAACCAUCAUUGGAGGAGAUUGAUGCCUUGGAGGAGGCUCGACUUGCAAUUGAAUACAUUGUGAUACCAGGUGGCGAGCCUGUAGAACUUCUUCCGAGGCGCUCUGAAAUAGUUGCUCGACAACUAGAGCUCGUGAAGAGUUAUCAGUUGGCUGCUGAGAAAUCCGGCACGGAGUCAAACCUGAGGUUGCAAAUCCUUCCUCAAAGGUUAACUAAGAAAACUUCUAAUAAAUUUUCCAGAUUUGGUUCAAGUUCACCGAAGGAUACAAUUCUUUAACAAGUGGUGGAGCUACUAGUGUUGCUCGCCUCCCGCUUUUGCCUGAAUAAUCUAAUGCUUGUGGAGAUGCAACAAAUUUCAACCCCGGUUGAUAAAUAUCCCUGCUCAACUCAAAUGUAAAUUAUGUAUGAUCUGCCCUGUAACUUCCAACAGCGCAUUCUUUUUUCUUGUAAGUGUAAUCUGUACUUUGUACAGAAAUCUUAAUCAUCUAAAACAGAAAGAUAUUCUCAAAAGCAUCACAAAUAGGCUUCAUUAGAGUAACCACUUUCUUUUGUAUCUGGGCAUCGUUGUGUUGCAACUAAAUUAAAACCAUGUUUCA